AAAGGGGAGGGGCAUUAAGUGGGUAAGGGGGGAGUGAGGACUGUCCUGCUCAUCGCGUGGGUCCCGUCCCCCGGGAGCAGCGGGUCCCGUCCCCCGGGAGCAGAGGGUCCCGGUACCCGGGAGCAGAGGGUCCCGUCCCCCGGGAGCAGAGGGUCCCGGUCCCCGGGAGCAGAGGGUCCCGUCCCCCGGGAGCAGAGGGUCCCGUCCCCCGGGAGCAGAGGGUCCCGGUCCCCGGGAGCAGAGGGUCCCGGUUCCCGAUGGGUGGUCUCGGGCUGACGGGCUCCUGAACCGGGAUGGAGAUUAACCGAGCUUACAUUGGUCUGGAGCUGCUGAUCGCGGUGCUGGCCAUUCUGGGCAAUGUGCUGGUCUGCUGGGCUGUCGCCACCAACAACAACCUGAAAAGCGCCACCAACUACUUUCUGGUCUCUCUGGCUGUGGCUGACAUCGCGGUCGGAGCUUUCGCCAUCCCGUUCGCCAUCAUCAUCAGCACCGGCAUGACCACCCGCUUCCACGGCUGCCUGUUCCUCGCCUGCUUCGUCCUGGUGCUCACCCAGAGCUCCAUCUUCAGCCUCUUGGCGGUGGCUAUCGAUAGGUACCUGACCGUCAGCGUCCACCUCAGAUACAAGGGGCUGAUAACUGGGAGACGUGCCAGGCUGAUUAUAGCAGUCUUCUGGAUCCUGUCUUUUGUGAUUGGUUUGACUCCAUUUUUUGGCUGGAAUCGGAAGAGUGAGGUGGAGGCUAAGUGCAGAAACAGCACAGUCUGGACACCACAUCCGGAGAACAACUCUGCCCUCCAGAACUGCUCGGUGACAUGCCUCUUUCUAAAUGUGGUUAAUAUGAAAUAUAUGGUUUACUUCAACUUCCUGGGCUGUGUCCUGACCCCAUUGCUCAUCAUGCUGGGCAUUUAUGUAAAAAUCUUCACUGUUGCUAGAAAACAAUUGCAAAAGAUUGAGCUGAAUUCUGUAAAUUCUGACACUUCCAGAAGGUACUUACAGAACCAAGUAAGAGUUGCAAAAUCAUUGUCUAUCAUUGUUGGGUUCUUUGCCUUCUGCUGGCUUCCACUUCACAUCCUAAACUGUAUUAAUCAUUUUCACCCAAAGUAUUUCCAAACCAUGGAUGUGCGCAUCAUGAACGCUGCCAUUGUUCUGUCUCAUGCUAACUCUGUUGGUAAUCCCAUUAUCUAUGCCUACAAGAUUCAAGAAUUUCGCAACACCUUCCACAAAAUUAUUUUCAAGCAUAUUCUGUGCAGAACAGACGAUGAAUUUAAGUCUAAAACUCUGCGAGGAACACAUUCGUAAAGGCACAGAAAUGUUGACAGAAAUAUCUGGGAAUCCUGUGGACUUCAUACUUAUAUAUACUAUUUACAGAUGCACUGUUGACAUGUCUUUGUGUGUUAAUUUUAGGAGUAACUCUUUGAGGGAGAAAAGAAUACCAUUGCAAUCAAAGGAAGCUGUCAAAACAUGAAAAUCUUCCCUCUUCAAAUAAUUUUUCUCUUAAGCAGUAUAAAUGGAAAUCCAAAAAACAUUUGUAAAUGAGAUUACUGCUAGAGCUCUGAGCUCUAUUAAAUUCACCAUUUCAAGGAUGUAACUGCCAGCUACAUUGUGGUGUGAUCCAGCAGUGAUGUAGAUGUCUGUCAUGCCUCCACAGUCAGAUGUGAAGUUGUAGAAGCAGAUAUUGUCUUGUUAACUUCAAGGUGCAUAAUGGUUUUCAAAAUAGCAUCAUCAUUAUUCAAA